AUGCAGAACCUCCAGCUUACCGAGGACAAUAUUGCACGUAGUUCCUCCAAGGCGGCCAGUCUAUACGAUACCAGUCUCUUGAAAGGGGUGUCUACACUGACAUCAGCUAUUCGCGGCGUGGCAACCAUGGACAAGCCUACCUUGGACAGUCUCACCGACGCCUGCUGCCGGUCACUCCGCUCCGCCUUGCACAGCGGCGACUUCACCAUCGACCAAAUAUACACCGUUAUGGAGCCACUAGGAGUCGGCGAGCUGGACCCGCGCCUCUCGGAGCCUCAGAUCCGAAGCAUCGACCGAUCCAUUGCUAAGACCGUCAUCUAUACGAUUGCCGUUCUGCGCCGGCAUAGCCAUGACAGCUUGUACGAGGGGGCGUGGUCUGCCAUUAUUGGCCACGUCUUCUCCAUGGCACCCAGCGUCUUCAAGUUCCGUCGAUUCAGCUAUAUCAUGAGCCAAGCGAGCCCCAUGGACAUCCAUAACAUUGACGACGCUCUAUACCGUCAAAUCAUACGCGAGUUUGCCUACACCCACGGCGACGGGCUACGGAACAGCGGGGUCAUCGCGCCGUGGACUAUGCGGUUGUCAUAUUUUGCCCGUUCCCUGGCACAGAUACCCCAGACCAAGUUCGAUUCCAUCUCCCGCGCCGUUACCGAAGAGGUGUGGCACCCAGACGGCAAACGCCAACAUCGGUUCACUUGGCUCCUCAUACAGGCCCAGCUAAGCCACUCCACGGCCCAAGAUAUGGCUGCCCUGACCCUAGAGUACCAAGAUGAGUACGGUCCCAUGUCGGGUUCCGAAUUGCGUGUGCUGGCGAUGGCGCGUCUCGUGUCCGAGGGCCGACUAGAUCUACAGACCACCUUUCAGCUGAGCCGGAUGUACCGCGCGCAGCCGUGUUCCCGCUGGCCAGAUCUGGCUGAGGCGGUCAUGGAUCUGGGCGGUACCGACUCGCUCAAGAGCCUGGUGCGCUGGCUCCAGUCAAUAAGAGGGUUGAGCUGCCUCAUCCGCUCCCUCAUCUUUACUAAUAUCGACCCGGAGGAAAGCGGCCUAGCCCUGAGCUCCCGGCGCGUCAUGGGCAAGAUAAUGGAAGACGCCGGCAUAAGCCCGCGCUCGCUAGAAGCAGAGGUCGAUUUCAUCAGCGCCAAGAGGCUAAAGAUCCGGGGCCGCGGCACUGAUAUCCCCCCUUCCGAGCUCAAGAGUCGCAUGCACAUGCGUCGCGGCAUGAUGGAGUUCCUUGAGUGGCUGGCUCACUGGUACUUGCUGUCCCCGCUCCUGACGGACCGCCAGGCCCUCCGCGGUGUGGAGUGGUGCCUCGUCCGCUACGAGUGGAUGGCCAACGAUAACGGUCGCGGCUCCUCCGUCGUCCUCGCCGUUCUUGCACGCGUCCUCAUGCGCGACCUCACUGCCGGGCAAUGGGGUCGCACAUCGCGCCUCAGGUGGCUCAUGACGAAGAUUGAGAAGUACCAGGGUCACGAGCAGGCUAGAAAGGCUCUCAAGACUCUCAACGAUUGGCGCAACAUGACUUCCGCUCAACAGGAGAAACGUCCUUAG